GCAAGUCUACCCGACGGUUGCGAACUGCAGUUCCACCUUAGCAAACAAUUUAAAAUGUUGUUUUGAUGCUUUUGUUUCACGAUAAACACGGUCUGGGUACCAUAGAAAAUUUAUAUAUCUCUUUUAAGGACCGAAGAGGGUUCUCCUCUUCGAGAUAUAUCCAUAUUUAAGCGUGGAAUACGCAGCUUAGCCGAGACAUGUCGUGUGAAGAAAGCUACUUGGCUAUCAUACGCUAUCUGACGGAUGAACGGGAGCCUUACGCGCCAGGGACGCCCGGUAACACCAAGCGAAAGAUCCGCAAAGCAGCUGCCUGCUACGUUGUCCGGAACGGAACUUUGUUUUACCAGCGUCGGCUGAAGGGUCAAAAUGAUUUUACGGAGCUGGAGGUGGUGCUACAGGAUAACCGGAGGAAGGAACUUAUCAACGAGGCGCACAUUAUGGUGGGAGGGGAGCACCUUAACCAGCAACUCACCUGGGAAGUAAUCUCUCAGAAAUACUGGUGGAGAGGUAUCCUUAAGAACGUCAAAGACCACAUUAGAGAAUGCUCCCAUUGUCAGAGCAGGCGAAGCACAGACGACGGCUCUGGACCCCGACCGUUCUCCCGGCAGGGGCGGCGCCGGGCCGCUGCCAGCGUGAACGAGGAGGAGGAUGAAGACGAAGAGGAAGAUGAUGGAGACGACGGUUUAUUUGUCACGGACUCAUCCGCCCUGCAGAGAUCCAAGUUGGCCAAAGGAAUGGCCAAGCACGAAGUGGUCUUUGUUGACAGCAAAGGGGAGGUGAACCAGUUCUUGCCCAAACACAGCCAGACCAUGUUGGAUAAGCUCAACAAGCAGCGUCUCAGCAACCAGUUCUGUGACAUCACCCUGCUGAUCGAAGGGGAGGAGUACCGGGCGCACAAAGCCGUUCUGGCCGCCUGCAGCGAGUACUUCAACGAGCUGUUCUUUGAGAAGGGGGCCGCCACCACACACGAAGCCGUGGUCGACCUCUCCGGUUUCGCCAAGGCCAGCUUCCUCCCGCUGCUGGACUUCGCGUACACCUCCACGCUCACCUUCAAUUUCUGCAUCAUGGCCGACAUCGCCAACCUGGCCCGCCACCUGCUGAUGACCGAGGUGCUGCAGAUGUGCGAGUCGGUGCACAAGCAGGUGGAGGAGCAGAAGCUGACGGUGUACCAGCGGGGGGACGUGCACACCGUCAUGGCCGGCCAGCUGGCGCCGGAGGAGGGCUCCAAGGGGGAGGCCGAGGCCUACGUGGUGACCAUGGAGGACGGCAGCAGCACGGUGCUCACGCACGACGGCGUCGCCGUGUCGGGGGACUCGCUGGCUUUCGUCGAGCCCGCCAAGGAGGCGUACGUCCAACAGCCACUGGCGGUGGUCGCGCAAACUGCGGACGGCGAGGCGGUCGAUCCCGAGGAAGCCGAGCCCACGGAAACCAUGGCUCUCAUCGCUCACGGGGGGCCAGUGGAACCGGGAGAGACCGUCACUCUCAUCUCCGGCGGCGCCGAGGGGCUGGAGGGCGAGACGAUGACCGUGGUCACACACAGCGGGCAGGCGGGUGCCAGCGAGUCCCUCGCCGUGGUGUCGGCCUGCUUGGCCAUGGAGCAGCCGCAGGGGGCCGAAGGGGGAGCCUUUGUCAUAGACGUGGACCCGGACAAAGGGGGCCAGCCAGAGGUAACGCAGCCGGAGCCGGAGGCCGCCGCGGCUCAGGAGGGACCCGCAGAACCCCAGAAGGAAGAAACGCCGCCGCCUCCCAAACGCAAACGAGGCCGCCCGGCCAAGGUCAAGAAGGUGGUGGUGGAAAUCGAGGAGUUCAUGCCCCUGGACGAGGAUCCGUCCACGGACGAGGGCUGCGGCGACCGGCCGGAGCUGGGGCCCGAUGACCACAGCAGGAGGCGGCUGCGGCAGCGCUCCAUGGCGGAGGGCGGCUACGCCCGUCUGCACAUGGGACUGGAGGAAGAAGAGGAGGGGAAGAAAGUUUCCACUCCACCACGGGCCGCCCCCGUUAAGCCGCCUCCGGGCCAACGCAAGAGGGGAAGACCGCCAAAGCAUCCCGUGGAGGCUCCGGCGGAGGAGCCGCCUGCAUGCGAGGCCCCGGCAGAGGCCAACGCCUCGCCGGGCGCCCCGCCUGCGGAAGCCGCCGCGGAGGAGCCCGCCGCCACGGCGCCGGAGCCAGAGACGGGCAGCAAGCCGCCCCAGCCCCCGUCGGAGAGCGCCGCGGGGGGAGAGCACACCUGCUCCGAGUGCGGCAUGUCCUUCCAGAGGCGCUACUCCCUCAUCAUGCACACGCUCAAACACGAGAAGGCUCGGGGCUACAAGUGCAGCGUGAGUAUCGGCCGGUUUGAGGUCCACCGCGGUCCCGAGCGCGACGCGCCGACCCUAACGCCCUCCAAGGAGUUCCAGUACGCCGCCUCGCUCCAAGCCCACCUGGCCCGGCACAAGCAGCAGAGCAGCCAGCGGGCGCCCCUGACCAAAGCCCUGGCCGAGCACGGGCCGGAGGGGCGGGCGGAGGGCGAGCUGGACGACAAGGCGGCGGCGGCGCACACCAAGAGGGAGUUCGUCUGCGACAUCUGCGGCAAGACGCUCCCCAAGCUGUACUCGCUGCGGAUCCACAUGCUGAACCACACGGGCGUGCGGCCGCACUCCUGCAAGGUGUGCGGCAAGACGUUCGCCCACAAGCACAGCCUGAAGAUGCACCGCGCGCUGCACGACGUCACCAAGCAGUUCCAGUGCCAGUUCUGCAAGAAGUCCUUCGUGAGCAAGCGGAGCAUGGAGGAGCACACCAGCCUGCACACGGGCGAAUCCAAGUACCUCUGCAACACGUGUGGCGCCACCUUCCACCGAGCCUCCGCUCUGAGCAAACACCUGAAGAAGCACCAGCCCCGACCCGAAGUCCGUCCCUUCGCCUGUUCCCACUGUGACAAGAGCUUCUACGAGGCCAAAGACCUCCAGCAGCACAUGAACAAGCACAUGGGCCUGAAGCCUUUCCAGUGCCAGGUGUGCGGGAAGUGCUACAGCUGGAAGAAGGACUGGUACUCGCACGUCAAGUGUAACGUGUGCGGGAAGGAGUUCUUCGAGAAGGCGCUGUUCAGGAGGCACGUGAAGAAGGCCACACACGGGAAGAAAGGCAGAGUGAAGCAGAACCUGGAGAGAGAGUGCGAGCAGUGCGGCAGGAAGUUCACCCAGCUCCGGGAGUACCGGCGCCACAUCAACAACCACCAGGGAGUGAAGCCUUUCGAAUGUCUGACCUGCGGCGUGGCGUGGGCCGACGCCCGCUCCCUGAAGCGCCACGUGCGCACGCACACGGGCGAGCGGCCGUACGUGUGCCCCAUGUGCCAGGAGGCGCACAUCGACGCGCGCACGCUGCGCAAGCACAUGGCCAAGUACCACGUGGACAGCCUGCCGGGCAAGAUCAUGCUGGAGAAGGACACGCUCCAGUUCCACAACCAGGGCACCCAGGUGGAGCACGCCGUCAGCAUCCUGGCGUCCGACCUGCCGCCCGAGCUGCGGCCCGCCCAGCAGCCGCCCGCCGAGGAGAUCGAGACCGUGCUGAUCACCGAGGAGACGGUGGAGGCGGUGGAGGCCGUCCAGGCCGUGCAGGCGGCGACCGACGGGUCAGUGGCCACGCUUUCGGACCAGGGCAUCAUGCAGGUGGUCAACUACGUCCUGGCCCAGCAGGGGCUGACCGGGGGCAAGGCCGACGACGCCCCCGAGGUCAUUCAGGCCAUGGAGGUGGAGGUGGCCCACGUGGCGGAGGUGGAGUGACCGCGGCAAACCCCCGUAAAGCCGUUUGUAUAAAGCGUGUAAAACAUUCUGUACAAAGUGGAACGCAAAAAAAAAGAAAGAUGCCUAUUUUUCUGCUCGUGUACAGCAAACCCCCAUCCGUUUAGCCCACAAACGUUUCUAUUUGUGUUGUUUGUAAAUAUAUAAACUAAUGUGAGAAGGACUGAUGAACCACAGCAGUCUGUAUGAACUUUUGGGCUCUGGAGAAAUAAAAGUAGAACAAAG